UAGUGUAUUGUGUAAACAUUGCUUGGGACGUCAACGUAUAUAGUGAUCAUAACCUCAAUUUUUGUUGUGUUUUGUGAUCUGCAUCAACACUUCGUCGGUAUGAUAGCUUCUAUUUUCAAUUAAUUUUGAAUAUUCCAAAGUAUAGUUUUCGAGUUUAAUAUGUCAGGUAUUCUCGAAGAAAAAUUGAGGGAAGCAGCUAGCAUUGGAGACACCGAAAGGGUGACUAUGUUGCUCUCUCAAAACGUAGAUGUAAAUUCUCAAAACUCCGUAAAUGGAUGGACGGCACUUCAUUGGGCUUAUAAAAGAGGAAACGAAAAUAUUAUAAAACUCCUUAAUGAUCAUGGAGCGAAUCCAGAUAUAAAAAAUUUUAAAGGGCAAACUCCUAACGAUUUAUGUCCAAAUUUAAAUACUUCAAAUGAUACAAGUGAUUACGGAUCUAAGUUUAUUCCAAAUUAUUUAAAAAAUCCCCCUCUUCAGAUUGAUCUAGAGUUAGGAAAUAGAAUGAGGAAAGGUUCUGAUUUUGCAAACAUGCCCAUUACUCCAUUACCCGUGUUACAAAAUGAUGAUCUCGUUUUAAAAGUGAGAGUUCACGGAUCAUCCGAUCCAGAUUUCAUUGAAAUCGAAAUUCCCAGAUGGAAAUUAACGUAUUCCCAUCUAAUGAAUGUAUGUUGUCAGGAAUUGGAGAUUCUUGAUAGUCAAGUCGAACGGAUAAGAAAACUUCCUAACACGAGAUUGAGAAAAGACAGCGACGUGAAACGUUUGAGGGACUAUCAAGCUUUAGAAGUUGUUAUUAAAUCCCCCUUGAACGGAGAUAAAAUGACAAAUUGCUAUCCAAGCAUAUCGACAAAAAACCAGACUAUUCUUUAUUGAAAUAAAGUGAUUAUUCCA